AUGUUCGUCCGCGGCACGGUCGACUUCGGCGACUACUUCGACCACCUCCUGUCCUGGUACGAGCACCGGGAUGACCCCAACGUGCUUUUUCUAACGUACGAAGACCUCAAGAACGACACUUCCGGAUGGAUCUUGAGGAUAGCCGACUUCCUCGGCAAAGAAAAGUACGGCAACAAAAUGAGGGAACAGCCAAGUGUUCUCGAUGAUGUAGUCGAGAUGACCAGCUUCGAGAACAUGAAGUGUCUCAAUGAGGAGUUCAACAGGCAAAAGAAACUCGCGGCACUUCCGGAUGAAACGUUCACGGAAGCGAAUAGAUCGAUAUGGAAAGCUCUCGGUGAUUCCGCUAAAAAUCUUUCAAGUGAAAAUCACAUGCGCAUGGGAAUUGUUGGUGACUGGAAGAACCAUUUCUCACCCGAACAAAUCACGAGGAUGAAGAAACGAAUUGCACUCAAGACGCGCGGAAGCGACGUCAUGAAUCUCUGGAAAGACACGGAUAUUCCUUGA